AUGGCGUCCCUCGUCUCGCGCACCAUGCGACCGGCCGUCGCCGCUGCGGGUCGCCGCUUCGUCCUUAUGCGUCCCCUCUCGAUGACGGCCGCUCGACGGGCGGACGAUGCUAGCCAGGCCUCUGAGCUUGGAGUUGGAGAAUUGCAGGGCGCAAAGUUCAGGAUUGAGCCUCUGCGGAGAGUAGGCGAGGACGACGCCACCAAGCGAGCCCGUCUCGUCUACCAGUCUCGCAAGCGCGGAACCCUCGAGUCCGACCUCCUCCUCUCGACAUUCGCAUCCAAGCACCUCCCCACACUCCCCUCCAAGCUACUCGACCAAUACGACCUCCUCCUCGACGAGAACGACUGGGACAUUUACUACUGGGCCACGCAAAAGGAGGAGCUCUCCUCGACGAACCCAUCCUCCGAGGACGCCAAGCCGGCGAGCGACGAGGUCACACGCCACCCUCCCACGGGUGAGUGGGCGCAGACGGUCGGCAACUUCAAGCCCGCCUACAGACCCGUCCCCGCGCGGUGGAAGGACAGCGAGAUUCUCGCCAUGCUGAGGGAUCACGUUCGGAACCGGAGUGUUGAUGGUGGUGAGGGUGGUGGCAUGGGUUUUAUGCCUCCCCUGGACGCCUGA